UCCAACUGGCGUUGAUCUAUCAGUUUUGUAUAUUUCUUGGGUUAUUUUCAUACUUGAUAGCACAGAAAGUAAGAAUAAUUACAAGUCUGUGUAACAGUGGUCAGUCCCAUGUAAAAGCCAGUAUUUUAAUAUUCUUAAAUGAUCCAACAGUUGACCGAAUAAAUUCCUCAACGAAAUGAAACAGAAAAAAAUAUGGCUAGUGUCCUCCUCCGUUUUACUGAUGGAUCAUCUCUGUUAAAUGGUCCAAACACGCCCUAACACGUUCGCACAUUAAUUAAUGUCUCUAUGACAGUCGGACAGUUUUAAUAAUGAACAUAAUUAAACUUGGAGAAAUCAUUUUAUGAAAUAAGAGCAAACAAAAUCAAUAACUCAGCUGGACUUGUGCACUUCAGUUCGAAUUGAUACAAUGAGGCGCUCAUUGCUAUACAAUUAUUGCCAACUAUCAUGGUCAUGUUUGUGUAGAAAAGCUAUGAGAGAUAAAUUUACAAGUCUUUUUUCGAAAUGCAACAAAUGGGAUGAAAAAAUUAAGAGUUUUGAGGAAUAGCUCGCUUCAACAUCGUUUGGAAUAACAAAACAACUCAAAAAUAUUAUUUAUAAAACAUAUAUUAUCUUGAAAUAAAAUACAAUGCCAGCUCCUCCACCAUCAAUGCCACCACCAAGUCCAUCGGUAAUGUCUGUUUGUAAGAAUAAUCAAGUUUGUGAAUCAGUGAAUUUGCCACCUUGGACAAAAAUUACUUUGGCAUCCUCUGAUUCGGAAAUUGAAAGAUUGAUAGCAAGAAACGAACUAAAAGAUGCAGAAAUUACUUAUUUUUGUCAUGUGCCGGCAAUUUUACAAGAUGGGCCACAAUGUGGACUUGUUGCCCUUGCCAUGGCUUCACAAGAGUAUACAAAACCAGUAUCUGUUGGACAACUUUUAGCUGAAGCACGAGUUCGAGGAUUCACCCAACACGGAGAAGUAUACAGUGUUGACUAUAUGGCAACUCUAGCUGCUGAAUAUUUACCAGAUCAUAGACCAGACAUUCUAAUUGAUUUACAAGCAUGCCCAGAUGCAUUGACCCAUGCUCUUAGUCACGGUGCCAUGGUACUUAUUCCGUAUGACUCGGAUUUCAAUCAUGCACCUUGUCUGAAAAGGGGACAUAAAGCCCACUGGGCACUACUCGUUGGAUUAAUAUCUUCAAGACAAGGAUAUUAUGUCUUAUCACGUCACGGCAAAUCACGGCAUUUGGCUUGUUGGCCACUUCGUGAUCUUAUUGAAAGUAAUGGAAAUUUAGAGGAAGAGGGAACAGCGAGACACGCUGGUGGCUAUGUUAUUCCAAAAGGAGGUGUUGGUGGUCACAGAGGACUCAGAGCUCGAGCUCUUGCGCUACAUCCGUAUAUAUGAUUACCAAAAAAUUCAGAUAAUCGUGCCAGUUAUUCACCUAUUCGUAACGUCAAAGAACAAUCUUUUAUUUGACGUUGAAGAAAAAAAUAUAUAAAAUAAAAAUAAAAAAAAACAAAUAAUCCCUGCUGGUUCUCAACUCUGAGUAUAGUCUAUUGUUAUUGUUAUUCACGUUAUGUAUAUAUUUCAAUGCGUUUAACAUUCAUCUUUUAAAUGGAAUUAUUGAUAUUCAAGUGUAUUUAUUUAUUGCUAUGUAUUGAUCAUAUAAAUUUUUCCCAUAAA